CAUUGCAUCAAUUCAUAUAGCAGGCUUAAGUUAGCCCAAAAAUGAAGAGGGAACCAAAUAAUCCAACUCCCUCAUCUAACUACAUACCUCUCAAAAAUACAAACCAUACAUAAACCAAACCUCAAAAACAGAUACACCAUCACCAUAUCCUAAUAUGGAUCAACCAAAGAAACCUAACAAGAUCAGAGACAUAGUUAGACUUCAACAAGUCCUUAAGAAAUGGAGAAGAAUAGCCAAUGCUUCAAAAACAAGCAACAACAGUACUACUAGUAAAAGCAUAAAGUUUCUCAAAAGAACACUCUCCAUGUCCGAACGCGAAGGAGAAAGAUCGAGCAACGUUGCGGUUCCAAAAGGGUACCUAGCAGUUUGUGUUGGUGUAGAACUUAACAGGUUUGUUAUCCCAACUGAGUAUUUGACUCAUCAAGCCUUUCAUGUAUUACUCAGAGAAGCAGAAGAAGAAUUCGGAUUCGAACAAACUGGUGUUCUACGAAUUCCUUGUGAAGUUUCUGUGUUUGAGAGUAUCUUGAAGAUGGUGGAAGGAAAAGAUGGAUUUUCUACUCAGAAAUGUAGUUUUGGUAUUGAAAAAAUGAUGGGAUACUGCUCAUCAAACCAGCUUGGUUAUUAUCAUCAGCCUCAUAGUCCUAUGUGCAGAUAGUCUGUCAUUUGACAAUUUUAACCAUUUUUUUUUUAUCUUUUGCUAGCAACUUAUGGAAGCCAAUCUAUAUAUGUAUUAAUUAUAUAUGAGAAGCAUACAACUUUUAUUGUCCAAA